UUUUCGAGGUACGCCUGGUCCAGGGCUCCAUCUUGAAGAAGGUGCUUGAGGUGCUUAAGGACCUCGUCAUCGAGGCCUGCUGGGACAUCAGCUCGAGCGGCGUGAACCUGCAGAGCAUGGACUCGUCCCAUGUCUCCUUGAUGCAGCUCACCCUGCGCUCCGAGGGCUUCGGCAGGUACCGCUGCGACCGCAACUUGGCCAUGGGCAUGAACCUCACCAGCAUGUCCAAAAUACUGAAAUGUGCUGGCAAUGAAGACAUCAUUACACUAAGGGCUGAAGAUAACGUGGACACCUUGACACUAGUGUUUGAAGCUCCAAAUCAAGAAAAGGUUUCAGACUAUGAAAUGAAGUUAAUGGAUUUAGAUGUUGAACAGCUUGGAAUUCCAGAACAAGAGUACAGCUGUGUAGUAAAAAUACCUUCUGGUGAAUUUGCACGUAUAUGCCGAGAUCUCAGUCAUAUUGGAGAUGCUGUUGUAAUUUCCUGUGCAAAAGAAGUAUUGAAAUUUUCUGCAAGUGGAGAACUUGGAAAUGGAAAUAUUAAGUUGUCACAAACGAGUAAUGUUGAUAAAGAAGAGGAAGCUGUUACCAUAGAGAUGAAUGAACCAAUUCAGCUAACUUUUGCACUGAGGUACCUGAACUUCUUUACAAAAGCCACUCCACUCUCUCCUACAGUAAGAUUCAGUAUUUCUGCAGAUGUGCCCCUUGUCGUAGAGUAGAGAAUUGCUGAUAUGGGACAUUGAAAGUGCUAUUUGGCUCCCAAGAUCGAGGAUGAAGAAGGAUCUUAGACAUUCUUAAAAUUCAUUCAAGGAAAUAAAACUAAGCUCUGUGAGAACUGCUUCUGAGAUGUCAGCACAUACUUAAGUCUCUUUUGUCUUUGUACUUCUGAGUACACAUGUAGAUAUUGUUUUCUGUAAAUAACAUUUUUUUUCUCCAUUCUCUACAAUUUGUUCAAAGAGUAAAGUCCAAAGUCAAAUCUGGUCUUGUUAACUUAGUAAUACUUUGCCUCACCUAGGAAUACUCCUUAUAAUUUUUAUAAACAAAGGAGUUUUGACUCUAAAGGUGGUUUUAAGUAUUGUUUUCAAUUUAAAUAAAAGUCAUUUGAAUUUCAAGUAUCACAGGACAGUGCCUUCAUUUGGACCCCGAUGGUUGCAAGUAUCCUAGAAAAUUCACAAUUCAAGCAGCUCAUGUAAAUGAGCUUAUUUUUUCAGUCUAGAGCAGGUUGAUAUGACAUUAGAUGUAGUGGUAAAAAGUGUUCCAAAUACAGCAGGUGACAAAGUAUUUUGGGGGAUUCAUUUGCCAAACUUAUUUUGGGAUUAUGACUUGAGCUCAAGAAAUGAAAAGGGGAGAGUAGAACAAAUAUAUAAUAUUUUGUCAUUUUUGCUAGUAGAAACUAACACUUUACAGAAGCUUAAUGUACCCAAAGUUCUGUCAGCUUUAUAAGACUAGCAUUGUUACAGGGCAGUGUUUCAUUAGCCUAGGGAGCCUUGUACAGGAGUCUUGGAAGUUUUAGUAGAUCUGAUAGGUCCCAAGGAGUAUGCUUAUGCAAAAAUAAUUUCUCUAGCAUAAGUAGCCUUUUGUGGGGACUUAUUCCCUUAAAGGAUGAAGGUGGCUUAAAUUCCAUGGAUGCUGGAGUCACCCAAGAAAGUGAAAAAGGCCCAGCAGUAAUUGUGCUACAGGCUCACAAGUUGGCGUGCUACAUAUUGAGAAUUCCUUUACUGUAGUCC